UCCGUACCAUGAGAGGUAUUAUACCUUACCCUCCGUGACAGGCCAUUGGAGUUGCUUUUGGCGAUUCCUUCCUUAUCUCAUCGCAGAGAGCAUUCCCAUCACCAUCAUCAAUAUCAGAAAACUUUCAUCCUAAUUCCAAUCCCAAGCAAGAAAAAAUGGCUGAUGCUGCUCUUAGUGCUACCAUUCAGGUUGCAUUGCAGACGGUUGUUUCCCUUGCCGGUGACCAUGUUAAUCUGGUUCGUGAAUUCCCAGAGGAGCUGGAGAGAUUCAACCAAUCUGCUGCAAUGAUCCGAGGCUUCUUGGCCGGUGCCGAAAAGGAUAUGCGUAGACCAGGGGUGCAGAAUUGGCUCGAGCAGCUGGAAGAUGAGGUUUUCAAAGCUGACAAUGUGCUGGACAAGCUCAACUAUGAAAUUCUUCGUCGGAAGGUGAAGUAUCAAAAUCAACUCAUGAAAAAGAAGGUACUCUUCUGCUUUUCAUUCUUUAAUAAAAUUGGUUUUCGUUGGAGGUUUGGUUCAAUGAUCAGGAAGAUCAACACGAACCUUGAAAGGAUCCAUGGGCAUGCCAGAGGUUUGGGACUGGAAUGCAAGGGCCAAUCUGAAGAAGCAUCUGGAGCCACAGCAAGCCGACAGACCGACUCUAAGAUUGUUCGAAGUGAUGUCCUAGGAAGAGACGAGGAUGAAUCAGAAAUAGUUAAGAAGUUGUUGACCGAAUCUGAAAGUGAUAGUAUUUCAGUUAUUUCCAUAACUGGCCCGCCAGGAUUAGGAAAAACAACUCUAGCUAAAGCCGUUUUCAACACUCCACAGUUUGAUAAUCAUUUUGACAAAAAAAUUUGGGUUUGUGUGGCUAAAGAAGUUGAAAUCAUGGAGCUCUUCAAAAUGAUUCUAGAAUCGUCAACAAGAAAAAAGGCUGAAGUGGAUAGUAGGGAGGUAAUAGUUGAAGGAAUUGAAACUGAACUUAAGGAAAAAAGAUAUUUGCUUGUUCUUGACGAUUUGUGGAAUUAUCAAGAAGGAUUGCUGAAUGAUUUUUUCACCACUUUGGAGGCACUCAAACCCAAGAAAGGGAGCUGGUGUCUUGUUACUUCUCGUCUCCAAGAAGUGGCAAUUGUUCUGUCUAGACAUCGGUGGAUCAAUUUUACUCGUCAUGACCUAAGAAAGCUAUACGAUGAAGAUUGCUGGUCUAUCGUGAAAAAUUGGGCAACUGUAGGGGAAGAAGUGCCAAAAGAAUUGGAAGCCUUAAGGAAGCAAGUUUUAAGAAGAUGUGACGGUCUACCUCUGGCAGCAACGUUAAUCGGAGGUUUGUUAUCUAAAAAGAGAAAAGAGGAUUGGCUAUCUAUUUUGGAGGAGAGCCUCUUGAAUGGAGAUCAGGGUGGGAUUGAGCAAAUACUUAAGGUGAGUUUUGAUCAUCUGUCACCUGCACCGGUUAAGAAAUGUUUUGCAUAUUGCUCAAUUUUUGAUCAAGAUACUAGAAUGGAACAAGAUCUAUUAGUUGAGCUUUGGAUGGCUGAAGGCUUUCUUCAACCGGAUUCCCAAAAUGAAAGAAUGAUGGAGAAAAUAGGAUAUGAGUAUCUGAGAACUUUGCUGCAAACUUCCUUAUUGGAAGAAGUAAAAGGGAAGUGGGGAACAUGGUAUAAAAUGCAUGAUCUUGUGCAUGAUUUUGCAAAAUCAAUUUUGAAUCGUAACAGCAGCAAUCAGGACCGUUACCUUGCGGUAUACUCACCCGAAAGAAUCAAUGAAAAAGUAUCAGCUUCGCUUCGCACAUUAUUUUUGAAGGGUGGCAUGGCUGAUGAUAUGUUAUCAAAGUUCAAAUACUUGCAUGUCCUAAAAUUGUUUGGAGCAUAUGUCAAAGAGUUGCCGACCUCCAUUGGCAAACUAAUACACUUACACUUACUUGACAUUUCAGGCUCUAGGAUUACAACUUUGCCAGAAUCUCUUUGCAAACUUUACCGUUUGCAAACACUGAGAAUUGGCAAGCUUGAAGAAGGUUUUCCAAACAAGAUGGGCAAUUUGAUUAGCAUGAGACAUCUUCACUAUUUUCAUUAUGAUAAAGGAUGCAAAAUCCAAAUGCCAUCCAGUAUUGGACGAUGGACUUGUCUUCAAACGUUAAAGUUCUUUAACAUAGGUCAUCAAGAGGAUGGUAGUGGUAUCCAAGAGCUUGGGACCUUGCAAGAUCUUAAAGGCUCCUUGGAAAUCAGAAAUCUUGAAUUAGUAAAUGGCAAAGAUGAUGCUAAACGGGCGAAUCUAUCUGAAAAGCAAAAUCUGUAUCGGUUGGUACUUGAGUGGGGCAACAGGGAUCAGGAAAGUGAUAAAUGCGAUGGAGAUGUGUUGGAAGGUCUCGAAGCUCACCCAAAUUUAAAAGAGUUGCAUAUCCGGAAUUUUAGGGGAGAUCGGAUUCCACAAUGGCUUGUGAAAUCAUCAGCAUUAGUGGAAUUGCACUUAAUAAAUUGCAGAGAACUUGCCCUCCCCACACUAGGACAACUGCCGUCCCUCCAACAUCUACAUCUGUGUGGAUUGGAAAACACAUUGUGCAUUGGGCUUUCAUUCUAUGGUAUUAGUGAUGAGGAGGUCGGAGGAUCAGGAGGUUCAGGCACUAUUAGAAGACAAACAUUCUUUCCAGCCCUUAAAAUUCUCUCUCUUGAAAAUAUGAAAAAUUUGGAAGAGUGGAAGGACGCACAUGAAGCGAUGGAUGUGUUUCCCGUGCUGGAAAAGUUGUAUAUUAGGGAUUGCCCCCAAUUGACCACCAUUCCAACUCCAAGUCGUUUCCCAAGUCUUGAUGUAUUGGAAAUCAAAGAGAAUUGCCAUGUUUUGCUGGUAGAAAACGUUCUGAGAAGUAUAGCCAAUCUCUCAUCCCUUAAAUUAAGAGGUGGUCGUCAACGCAUGGUGUCUCUUAAUUCAGUGAUACGAUCAGAGAGCAGUUUGAGUAUUGAUGGCUGUGACAGUCUACCCACUGACAUGCUCGAGCGACUCUGCCUUUUUCCAAUUCUUCAACGUGUAGAAUUGAGGCGUUGCCCUAAUAUAACAACAUUAAGAGGAAUGAGUUGCACUGCUUGUCUUAAGAGAUUGCUAGUCAUUGAUUGUGUGAAUUUACGGAAUGAGUUGCCAGAAGAUCUUUAUCAAUUUGAAGCUUUAGAGCACUUGGAGAUAACGGGUUGCCCGAAAAUUGAUUCAUUUGGAUCAAAUCCUAAUAAAGGACAGAAAAGCCUCCUUAAGUCUCUUGAGCAAAUUUUUAUUGUUGAAUGCGAUGGAUUAACAAGAUUACCGGUGGAAAUGUUCGAGUCGUGUACGUCUCUCCGAAAGCUGGGGUUGUUCAAUUGUCCCAAUCUGGUCUCCUUUCCCCUUGAUUUGCGACGAACCCCUUCUCUCGAGAGGUUCUCGAUACAGGAGUGUCACAAAUUGAUUACCGAGAUGCCUAGUGGAUUUGGCUAUCUUACUAGCUUAAGGAAAGUGGAGAUUGGUCCCGUCUCAGAUUACUCUGUAAUGGAAUUUGAUUGGGCUGGAUUAGCAUCUUCAUCGACACUCCAGCACGUGAAUUUAAGAGGGAUGCGUGACACGAAAUCUCUGCCACAUCAGCUUCAACACUUGACUAACAUCACAUCACUACGUCUACAACACUUCGGAGCAAUCGAAGCCUUACCAGAUUGGCUUGGGAACCUUGCGUCUCUUGAAGAACUAUUUCUAUGGAAUUGCAAAAAGCUUGAAUAUUUACCCUCUAUAGCUGUCAUGGAACGCCUCAAAUUAAAACGUUUGGAAAUUGGUUAUUGUCCUCUAUUAGGCGAAAGAUGCACUCCUCAAAGCGGCUCCGAGUGGACCAAGAUCUCUAAUAUUCCAGAGCGUAUAAGAAAUUAUAAGUCUUUCUGAGCCAUCCGGUAAGAUUUCACCUCAAAAUUUUAAUUAAUUGCUUCUCAUUAUUUGAUAUCGUUGUUCUUCACCAUCUUAUUCUAUCCAUAUUUGUCCCUUACUCUUUUUCUCUAUAACUCUCUGUUUCUCUAUUUAUAAACCGGUGAAGAUAACUUUCUCGUUCAAUUUAUAAACUAAUUCUUGUCAUUAACAAAGUAGAGUUACGAUCAAAUUGAAAGACAAUAAAAAUUGUGGAUUUCAUCUACUUUCUAAACCAUCGAAAAGAUUGAUAAGCAUGGUAAAAUUCACUACUCUCUAUGAACUUGGUACUGAUUAUUUUGUUCACGAAAUUCACUUUUUUUUUUUUUUUUGACACUGAUAUUUUCCAAACAACAUUAAAACCAAUAAAAUAGCAAUUUUGGGAGAACGUUACAAUUUUUGUUUUUACCGCUGGCAUUUAAUGGAUGGAUAUGUUCUUAAUCUUCACUGUUAUCUCCUCUGUAGGACUCUGCGUUAUGAUUGCCAUAAUGUCGAUCAAGUUGAAAUUGUUUGCAGAGGAACUAGGGCAACAACUGUCAGUGACACAGAAAGCAGUCAUAGUGCCGAAACAUUGCAAAAGGCUCAAAAGUGUGCUCAAGGCAGAGUCAGCCUGGAACCUCUAAAGCAUCUUAUUACACUGUUCGUAUUCUCCAACUGAAACAUUAGGCUGUGGUUUCCAAUCUUUUUUGAAGAAAGAUGAGGAGGAAGCAGAAAUCAUGCUUUUUGGACAAAGAACACCAAGGUUCCCGUGUUGUUCUUAUGAGAAUGUCAGGAGGGAGAAGUUAUUUUCACUUAUCAGUCAAGUUUUGAAGAUUGAAGGUAGUUAUUUGUGAUUUUCCCACCAGAAUGCCAUAUAUUGCUCGGAAUGUGGAAAUAAAGGCUUGUAGAAAGUAGUCUGGAUGGAGAAGAAUUAGAGGGGAGCAUGAUAGCUGGUACUAGAGAGCUAUCAAGGUACAAGACUUGCUUGAAAAAACUGGACUUGCUGAUACUUCAGUUCCAGAGGUGAGAAGAUUUGAUGGAAAGAAGUUAGACAUUGUAGACAGCAUUGACGAUCAUUUGGACGACAUAAACGACGCAUGUGAUUGCAGUGUCAAUCAUUCAUUUGGGUGGAAACCGUUAAAAGAUUUGGUGCUGCAAUUGCAGAUGCAAGAAUUCCUACGUCCUCAUUCAAAGGUUCCCGCCAGAUCUUGCAAGGCCUUUGUCAAUUGGACAACAGGUUAACCUUUCCACUCGAGAACAAGAGAGACUCAUGGUAGAGCUGUGCUAACGGUUAGCCAUUCUAGUGCAUAGAAUGCAGAAAUGAAGGCAAUGAUUUGGCUAUAUCUGAGCUUUGUGAAGACCAAUGAAGGCAGUAAAUCAAUAGUAAAUGUUACACAAGGAAGUUCUUCAAAGUGGUUCAUUCCACCAGAUAGAGUUGGCAUGUCUUUCACAUACACAUGGAAAGUGCCUGAGAAGUUUUCAUGAGAAGGUUUCUUCUAAUUUGAUUUGCUUCAGACAGAGGAAAGCAUAUCAAGGAACCAAUUUGCUGCUGAGACUAGUAGCCAAUUUGGUUGAUCUUGGUUCCAUUAUAAGCUCUCUGGAUUCCUCUACUUGUCAAUCGCAUGAACAUAGAUCUCAUAUCAUUGGAAGCAUUGAAAGUGAGAGGAUGAGAAGGCAAGAGCAUUGGAAGCUAGUUGUUGGAUUGAAGGCGUGAAAAAUUCCUUCAAUUCACAUUUCCAUUAUUUGUUACUAUACUAAAGUUUUGCUCUAUAGUACUGUAUCCCAAAACUUCAAUUUAACUAUACUAAAAGUGUCGCACACAUGGCUGGCUA